AUGGAAGGCAAUACCAAUAAUCUUUUAAAAAGCUUUCAAAUAAGCGAAAGAGAUAUGGUGUACGGAAAUGUUGUAGAACAAUUUGCAUCGCACUUUGUUGGUCGAUCGAACACAAGUUUCGAGCGUGCUCGGUUCAAUAAACGAAUACAGGGUGAAAAAGAAUCAGUCAUCGACUUUGUAGAAGAUUUGUACAAACUGGCGGAAACUUGCCAAUUUGGAACACUAAAAGACGAGUUGAUACGAGACAGAAUUGUCGUCGGUAUACAAAAUGCAAACCUUUCACAAAGGCUAAUGCAAGAUGAUAAAUUAACAUUGGAGAAAGCUAUUAGGGAGGUGAAAUCAUCGGAGCUUGUCAAGCACCAUCACGAUAUUCUAAAAGGAGACAGCGAAAAUGGGCUGAUUGGUCGCGUAAGAACAAAUCAACGAAAAGGUAAUGAUACGACACAAAAAUCGAAGUUAAAAUGGAAUCAGAAUAGGAGUCCCGAUCAACAUUCGAGAAAGAAAAACCGUCAACGUUCUCGAUGUGGAAGAUCAACAAUUCACAAAAGAGAGGAUUGUCCAGCGAACAAUAAAACUUGUUUAAAGUGUAAUAAAGAAGGGCAUUUUGCAGCCGUAUGCAGAAGUAACUCAAGCGCAAAAAUUCAAUCAGUUGAUGACAAAAGCACGGAUUCCCCAGGAGAUUUUUUUCUUGGGACAAUUAGCGAUAUAGAAAAUGAGCGAAAAUGGGCAAUCGAUUUAUUAUUAGGAAAGUCUACAGUGAAAUUUAAAAUUGAUACGGGCGCUGAUGUGACGGUGAUUCCAGAACCGGUGUUUGUGCAAACAGGCAUAACUCGGAUGCAAUCAACUAAUAAAGAAUUGUUCGGGCCAAAUCAAGCAAAGCUGUCAGUAAAGGGAAAAAUUCGAGCAACAUUGAGAACUGCUACUUCAAAAACAACAGAGCAAGAUAUUUAUAUUGUGAAAAAUUUGAAAGAGCCAUUGUUGGGACGUCAAGCUAUCAAUGCCCUUGAUCUAAUAGCGACAGUCGAAGCGAUUCAGUCAAAUGAUGCAAGUGAUAUGGAAGAAGAAAUAAAGGCUACUUAUCCAAACUUGUUUAAAGGUCUGGGUGAAUUAGACGGAGAAUACAACAUCAAAUUAAAACCUGGUUCUAUCCCAUUUGCGUUAACCACACCUAGAAGAAUACCUUUAACGAUGACAAAGAAAGUUCAUGAUGAAUUGACGCGCAUGGAAGAACUUGGCGUUAUUUCAAAGGUUAAUAUUCCUGCCGAUUGGUGCGCUGGUAUGGUUGUUGUUCCAAAAGCAGAUGGUAAAAUAAGGAUCUGUGUUGAUUUCACAAAGUUAAAUGAGUGGGUCUUGCGAGAAAUUUAUCCACUUCCGAAGAUCGAAAGUCUUUUGGCAGAAAUAAGAGGAUCAGAAUAUUUUUCGAAGCUAGAUUGUAACUCUGGUUUCUGGCAAGAAAAACUAGAACAAAACUCUCGUUUGUUAACUACAUUUAUUACUCCGUUCGGAAGAUUCUGUUUCAACAGAAUGCCUUUCGGUAUUAAAUCUGCACCUGAGCAUUUUCAGAAAAGAAUGAAACAGAUGCUGGAGAAACAAGAUGGUCAAGUAAGCACAAUUGACGACGUACUUGUUCAUGGAAAGACAAAAAAUGAACACGACAGUAGACUGAAAGCUGUGCUGAAAAAAUUUGACAAUGCUGGAGUAACACAAAUCCUGAGAAGUGUGAGUUUGCUAAGAAGAUGGUAA